CACUUUCAUGUCCAUCACAGAGAAGAAGAAUGAGUGUGCUUACAGACCACUACAAUGACUACCCAUCAGACUCUUCAACUUCCUCGUCUGGGGACAUGACCUUGUCCUCCUCCUCGUCUUCACUAUCUUCGCCCUCCACAUCGGUCAAUUUUGUUCCGCUAUCGCAAGCGCCAGACACUAUCCGAAUGUCUCAAGCCGACGGUCACUGGGACUGCGAGACGAGGGGUCGUACACCAUACGCAUCCGACUCUACAACGGCGCCCCCAUCGCCUUUGAGUACACCACGCAGAAUAGCUAGACGAAAGAAGCUAGUGUACGAUGCUUUGGAAUGUGCUUGUCUGCUUGCUUCCAUAGCGAAUGGGGAAAUUAUAGUGAGGCUUGAAAUUGAGAGGAAGGACAAUGCCCAGAAAACUGGAGAGCGACUUAAAAAAGAUAAAGGAGAAGAGGACGGGAGCAUCCAGCGCCCCUGGGAGAGGCUAGUCAAGUCAUUGAGAGAGCUGCAGAAAGAGGAUCCUGUGGAAACAAAGAUCAUCGAGCGAUGCUCCGCUGUUCUGAACGAAACUGUCGAGACACAAGUACGGCCAUUAACGGACCAGAAGUUGUUCAUGCAGCCCUUGACUGGGUUUGAGAGUCGAGCAGCGCGUUCGUUGAAAAGCAAGGAGCCUGUCAAUUCACUUUCAAUGUCUUUACAGAAUCCAUCUGCGUUAGCCAAUGUCCCACUCUUCUUGCUUUUGCGCUUCGCACGCUUUGCUCUGUCUCCAGCAAAGUCUAAGUCUUAUCUGGACCUGUCGCAUCUCCCUUAUCCAGACGCCAAAACAUUCCUGGAGGAAAUGGAUAUCGACUGGCUGAUGGAACUUGUCGGAUGUGAGGCAGCCGAUGUAACCCAUUUGGACUUGUCCAACAAUUUCCUUACUCAAUUUCCUCAUUGGCCUGCGUUCCCAUUUCCAAACGUUCAGGUCCUGCGCGUGACUUCCAACCCCCUUCCCUCCGUCCCAUAUUCCCUCAUUCAUCUGCCCAAUCUGCGUCGUAUUCCCCACAGGCACACUCUUCUUGCACACCCUCGCUCAGGCCAGGAUUGUGCAUACAAGACAUAUUUCUGGGGCACCGGUCAUCCAUCAUUGCCAAAAAGGGUGGAGCUUGACAAGAAGCAAGUCAGUGCGCUACCCAAAAGGGAACGUGGGGUGCCGAGCUUGGUCGAGUUUGGGAUGUUAAUGGUCGCUCGUCAACGAGUAGAAUUUACGCCCUCCGAAGAUAACCAGUGGUUGAACGAAGCGCGCUACUUCAUGCCCGUCCAUUUGAGCGAAAGAAUGGAGAACUCGUUUGUGUGUGACAGAUGCCAUCAACUGCAUAUUCCUCCUUCUUUGGAGAUGGCGGAAGUGACGAGGAAAGUCGGCCAACGAUUUGGUGAUAAAGUUUGGGAUGCGAAGUGGAUGACGGGAUGGCAGCUAAAGAAGAGACACGAAGAUCGGUCCUCGACUGUUUGGUUGGAAAUGGUGCUGUGUCCACUAUGUUUAUAUCAUGUAUUAGCUGUAACGUCCGGUCGAUGAUUCGUAGUUAUACCUGGAUUGUUAGUAUCCAUAGACAUAGAUUCCUUGCUUGAUUGUUGAAAUUACAGUUUUCACCAUCAUGAAUUGAAACCUUACUCAAAU